AUGGACUGUACUGCAUUUCUGCAAAACGCUGCAGAAAAUGCUUAGGUGUGAACUUAGCAGGGGCAGACUGACAACUCAUGGGGCCCCGGGCAAUAGGGGAUCAUGGGGCCCCUGUGUCCUUGCCCAAACUCAAAAAAGCCUAUGAAAAAGGUACCAGGGGCAUCUCAUGGGGCCCCCUACUGACCUCGGGCCCUCGGGCAGUGCCCGAGUUUCCAUAUGGUCAGUCCGUCCCUGGC